CGAGCCUUUGCUAACAACAUCUGUGAAAAGAGAAGUUCAGAUGGGCAAAGAAGGGGAGGAGGAGCCACCGUUUGAGUACUGAAGUCGUUGCUUGGAGUCUAUAAAAAGGAGUCCCCAGCCCCAGAUAUCGGGUGAGGAGGGGGGCUGGAACUUCUGCGCUCUGGAGAAAAGGUUGCAGGCGAUGAAGAGGAGGAGCAGCUGAAGGAGCAGCUCUGGUAAAUAGGUUGUUUUGCCUUUUGGAAAAUGCAUUUACCACACUCCCUAGCAAGUCCCUCAGAAAGAACAGCAUCUGUUUGCUUCCAGAGAUGAACACCUCCUCUCAACUGUAUGUUUCUGAACUAAACUUGAGUGCCUUUGGCAGCAACUUUACUGUGCCUACUGUCAAGAACAAGUCAUCACCAUGUGAGCAAGUGGUCAUUUCAGCUGAGGUGUUCCUAACUCUGGGCAUUGUAAGCCUCCUUGAAAACAUCUUAGUUAUAUGUGCAAUAAUUAAGAACAAGAACUUGCAUUCACCCAUGUAUUUUUUUGUUUGCAGUUUAGCAGUGGCUGACAUGCUGGUCAGUGUGUCUAAUGCUUGGGAGACAAUAACGAUAUACUUAAUAAACAAUAGGCACGUAAUUAUGGAAGAUGCCUUUGUCCGUCAUAUAGACAAUGUCUUUGAUUCAAUGAUCUGCAUAUCUGUGGUGGCUUCCAUGUGCAGUUUGCUGGCUAUAGCAGUAGACAGGUAUAUCACGAUCUUCUAUGCCCUUCGUUAUCACAACAUCAUGACAGUGAAAAGAUCAGGGCUUAUUAUUGCAUGCAUCUGGACCUUUUGCACAGGCUGUGGCAUUAUCUUCAUUCUUUAUUAUGAAUCAACUUAUGUGAUCAUUUGUCUCAUCACUAUGUUUUUUACCAUGUUGUUACUCAUGGUCUCGCUGUAUAUCCAUAUGUUCCUCCUGGCUCGUACUCACAUGAAGAAAAUAGCUGCUUUGCCUGGGUACCACUCUGUCCGUCAAAGAACCAGCAUGAAAGGAGCCAUCACUCUGACUAUGCUUCUUGGCAUCUUCAUUGUUUGCUGGGCUCCAUUCUUCCUUCAUCUCAUCCUGAUGAUCUCCUGCCCUCAAAACCUCUACUGUGUUUGCUUCAUGUCUCACUUCAACAUGUACCUCAUUCUCAUUAUGUGCAACUCAGUGAUUGAUCCCUUGAUCUACGCCUUUCGUAGCCAGGAAAUGAGGAAGACCUUCAAAGAAAUAAUUUGUUGCUAUAGCCUGAGAAUGGUUUGUGGGUUAUCAAACAAGUAUUAAGAAAACAAAACCAAACCAGGGAAGAGAAUCAAAAUGCAACAUCUUGCUGCCUCUUGUGAUUCUGCUGAAAUGCCUAUGGAACAUCUUCAUUCAGCUGUCAUGAUUUCUGCAGCAACCAGAAACCGAUUUUUAAAUGGGAUUUUACCUUUCCCUCCACGCACCUCUCUCACACUGGUGCUGGAAGCUACUCAGUGCAUCUGUAGUAUGGGGAGAAAGAAUAUUUUGAAUCUCAUUUACCCUACUGAAGACUGGACCUUAUGAAGGACCUUAUACAGGGAAAGCCUUAUUUUUCUUUCUGCUAAAUGCAAUGAGUGUGAGCUGCCAUGCAAAUGAGCCCAUCAGCCUCUUAGUGUGUGUUAAUAUUCUUGAUCUCUAUAGAUACAGCAUGGCUUAUUUUCACACCAAAAUUAACUUUUUUUUUUUUUUUUUUUUUUAAGAUAUUAAACCACAGAAGCAGCUCCAAUUAUCAGGGUUCACAUACCUCGCUCAACAGUUAUGACCAAUAUAUAUGCACAUAUCAGCAGUCUUGUAUUCCAGUCAUGACUGUUACUGUAAUAAAAUAUGUACUAUGUAAGCGGACAGUGUUACCAGGAGAUUUUCCAGGCUGUACACAGUACUUUGUCAUAUCUGACAGUAAGUGUUCUCACUGUGAGGUAAGAUGUACCAUAGGUCAAUUUUAAGGCUAAAUGUGAAGACUGAGAUGAUUCUCGUUUGUCUGUUUUCUUCAUUCACCAAGGCCAGGAAAGUAAAGGGUACAUGGCCUCUAGACAGUCAUGUAAUGCUUUGUGGAGAAGGAAAGACUGUGCAAAUGGUUGCCUUCAUCUAGAUAUUGGAAAAGCAUUUCAGCUAAGAGUAGCUUUUGUCACUGGAGGAAGAUCUACUCUAGGUUGCGUCUUUCAAGCUGGGAGAGAAAAAAGACAAGUUUGAUGAUCAGAAGGGAUAGCAGGCAGUUGCAAAACAGGGAUUCCAAAAAUUCAGGCAUAUGUAGUUACAAUAGAGAGUCCUGACUUUUGCUCCCCAAACAGUUUAUUGAGAGGAUUCUAAUAUGAAACCCUCAUGAAUUUUGUGUGAGUAAUUUGCAACUAGUCAUACUCUCAUAAAGAUGCUGUUCUGCAACAGCUAUGUGAUGUGCAAAACAUUGGACUUGUCACAGAUGAAGGAAGUUCAACUGUGGCACUGAUUUCCUGAUGCAAAUGGAUAGUACAUAUCCUGCACUGAGAUGUAAGUUAUGAAAAUAUUUCAAGCAAUGGUACCCUACUGAUUAGAUAUAAAAAUAUAACUUGGAAAAAUGAAUUGUUUCUCCCAACAAACUGAAAGAGUAACCCUCGUUAUAUUUGGUUUAGGGUUGCUCUAAAACUGUUUUUGUCAAUAAAACUAUGACUGACUCAAUGGGCCUUAGAUUAUAUAUUCAAGGUAGAAGUUGUUAGAAUUUUUUUUACCAUAAGGGUGGUCAAAAGUGGGAAUGGGUGUCUGGUGGUUGUAUAGUCUCCAUCCUAGGAGAUAUUCAGAACUUGACUGGACACAGCCCUAAACAAUCUGCUCGAAGUAGAAAGCUGAUUCUAAUGUUGAAGCUGGCCCUGCUUUGAAUGAUUUGGAAUAGAUGACCUCCACAGAUCCCUUGCAACCCAGAUUAUUCUGUGAUUCUAUGAGACAGUUUGUGUUUUGUGACAAAAUUUUAUUUUUCCUCCUUCUAACUUAAUUUCUUGUGUAAGAAAAAGCAUAAGUGAUUAUCCUCCACACAUUUAGAAAUACACUAUACUUUUUGUCUUCAUUUGCUUUGGAGGGCUCUGGCAUGAUAAGUAAGGUACAACUUUAGCACCAGGGUUAUACCUUUUCCCUGCUGUAGCUUAAAAUAUAUACCACCUCCAGCUCACCCUUAUCUCCCUCUGAUAUGUGUGGGAAUGUUAUUCUCAGUGGAGACAUCUUAUUGUGUUGUCUGUAAAUAUUCUGGUUAUAUCAGUGCACUAGGUGCUGAAUUCUUCCUUCAGCUAUAUCUGAAAAUGGGAUUUCAAAGGUAUGUUUAUGGUCACAGAAUCACAGAAUGGUUGGGGUUGGAAGUGACCUCUGGAGAUCAUCUAGUCCAAACCAGUCUAUAGUGAGAAUUUUGCCUUGUUUCAGUCCACCUCUUAAUCCUAUAUAUAACAGGCACCUAAGGGUGUGUUCUUGCUACUAUGAAUGUAGAUAGCAAAAAAUGAAACAGUUCAGUUGCAUAGUGAAAGGCACCAGGUGAUGUUGUAAAUGAAUCAUUAAAUCUUUAUUGAGUAUUUCAAAUAAGACAGUCUUGUACAUAAUUGUAAAUCAACGAAGAGGAAGCCAAACUGUAAUAGCUUUGGGUAUUUUCUUGGAUUGUACAUUACCUUUUUGUUGGAAAUUUAUUUGAUGUAUAAAUACAGACAAGAAGAAAUUAUUAAACUGGAUUGCUGGAAAACCUA